GUCACUGUCACACUCGUGGACAAAUGUUUACUUUUACUUUGGUUUACUGUUUACUUACAUCUGCGUAUCUUUCAAACAAGUCUUCAAAUACAGUGUGCAUUUAACUUUUGUAUAUAAAUGACCGUGUCCAAAUUAUGGUUGUUGCUCAUAAAGCAACGUCAAUGAGCAGUAUUAAUAGUUUAGAUAUAUAUUUACAUGAUGCCGACAAGCAGUCGACUGAAAUAUACUCCGGUAAAUAAUCCAGAUGGCAACGAAAAUGUAGAUUUUCAACCAGUGAAACGAGAGUUUUUCUCAUCGUCAUGCCUCUGGUCAUCUCUGUUUACAGGGAUCCUGAUAGGCAUUUAUUACAUCCCUUCCAUAGGACUAACAUUUUAUCAAAGAUGGUUGUUCCAGUCCUUCAGGUUUCCAUUAAUAACAGUUCUAAUACAUAUGAUUGUGAAAUAUGUGUUAGCAAUGAUACUUCGCAAAAUAAUAUCAAAGAAACAAGGCAAACCAAGAAUUCAACUGAGCUGGAAAGAAUAUGUUUUAUCUGUAUCCCCCACUGGAAUAUUCAGUGGUAUUGAUAUUGGGUUUUCAAACUGGGGGUUGGAGCUGAUCUCUGUUUCUUUUUCACAGCCUCGAAAAAUGUUGUUCCUGUUAGGUAAUCAGAUGUAGAAACCCAGCCCUAUAGAAUCACAUCUAUACUCAGAAUCACAAUGCAGUAGCUGUUACCAAUACUAAUCUUCUACAAACAGGGAUUAAAUUUGAACUUUUAUCAAUUGAAGCUUGUAUCAAUUUAAUUUUUUUGUUUGCAGAUACACAAUGACUAAGUCAACAACCAUCGUAUUCAUACUAUUGUUUUCUUUGUUAUUCAAGUUAGAAAAAAAGUCAUGGAACUUAAUUGUGAUUGUUGUGAUGAUAACCAUAGGACUAAUUUUAUUUACGUAUAAAUCGACGCAAUUCAAUUUUCUUGGAUUCGUUUUAUUACUGUUAGCAUCAAUAUCAAGUGGUAUCAGAUGGACAUGUAUCCAGCUAUUGCUGCAGAAGUCCAAAAUAGGGAUGAAGAAUCCGCUAGAUAUGAUGUAUUACAUGCAACCAUGGAUGAUUAUAUCUGUUUUACCUUUCGCGAUGUGGAUAGAAGGUGGAGAUGCUAUCAGAAAUUGCCAAUUGAUGGGGUUUUCACAUGCCUCAACAUUUUUAAGACUGAGUUUAAAAGUUUUACUAGGUGCAUUUAUCGCAUUUUUUAUGGAGUUUAGUGAGGUUACUGUGGUAACUUACACUUCUAGCUUAACGUUAGGCAUUGCCGGUAUAUUUAAGGAGAUAUUCCAACUGGUGCUGUCCGUAGAGUACGCAGGUGACCAGUUGUCGCCCCUAAAUGUGGUAGGCCUGUGCGUCUGUCUAGGCGGAAUCACCUGCCACGUGGUGCACAAGAUACGUGGGGAGGCCCUGAAGCCGGCGUCUACGGUGAAAGCAGUUUCGCAGAGGCACUCAGACUACGACCUGGACCUGGAGCCGGAUGACAUGAGGGACCAGCUGAUCAAUGGCAGGCUCGAGUGCGAGCCAAUCAGUGACGAUGAUGACGCACGUAGUGAGACCGAAAUACUGUUUGACAUACUGAACAGGCGGGAUAGAUAGCACUGCACCAGAGCGAGUAGUUGACAGUAUUUGUAAAAUGACAAGUGAAAUACAAAGACUUUGAUUAUCAUAGGGAAGCAUUUUAUGUAUUUUUUAAGUUGUAAGUGAAAAUGUCCAUAUUUGUAACUCACAAUUAUUAUUUGUUAUUAUCCGUUUUUAUGGAUAAAUUCAGAAUAAACGUUAUUUAUCAA